UUGUUUACAAUUUCUGUAAAUAAAAAAAUCUACAUAAUAAUGGCACAAUUGUUCAAAAACGUUAAAUUGCACAAUGUGCUGUUUAUUCCAGUGAGAUACAGAAAUCCACAACAUCAUUGGUCUGAGGUCAAAAAAAAGGUGACGUGCACUCAGAGAGCCCUCGAUCACUUUGAUGAUUUUUAUGAAAAAGUUUAUGGAGAAUCUUGGAAACACAUCAGAUCGGCAAUGUUAGCUAAGAACCACAAAUAUGUCGCUGUUGUUAAUAAUUUCAGCGAUACCGAGAGAACAUGCAGUGAAUUGGAGAAUUUGGGAGCAAUGAGUUUAAAGUCAGUUUAUGAUUCAGUUAAACGUAGCAUUGAUUAUGAAAAAUCACUAGUUCGACCUAAAGGAUAUCAAGAAACAAUUAGACUGAUGAAUGAAAAGCUGGGAAAUAUAGUUGAAGAACAAAAGAAAAAUGUCACAUCUGUUUACACAGAUCCCAGUGAUGAUCAUACUCAAAAUGUCAUAGAGAAGGAAAGUGAAAAUGACAACAGUUCUUUUGAACCGGUAAAGCUUAAGUCUAUAGAGACAGAUCUAAAAGUGGUGACAAGUAAAGAUCGUAUUAUCAGUCCUGCGUGUGCUGAAUCAUCUUCCUUCUUGUACGAGUACGUUCCAGCAACAAAAUUAAAAGGAAUGGAGGAUUUUGUUUUGGAGUCAGAACAUUACAAUUACUACACACAAGGUGCUGAUUUUAGAAUCAAAAUUGAAAAAGAAAAUGAUAUGAAUUUCCCUGAUCAUCUUUUACUAUAUACCUUUGAAGAAGGUAACAAUACUAAGUUUCCAAAACCCAAAACUGGCUCUACAGAUCUCUUAGAUUAUUUUGUUCUUGAUGGUGCUUCAGUACUGCCCAUCUUGUCACUAGAUUUACAGCCUGGAGAUAAGUUUUUAGAUAUGUGUGCUGCACCUGGCGGAAAAACUAUGAUGGCCCUGCAAACGUUACGGCUCCGCCUUGCAGUUGCCAAUGACAUUCAAGAAUCAAGAAUUAAUAGAAUAAAUACUUUUAUCCAUGAAUUUUUAUUGGAAAAAUAUUGUGAUAAAUCAUUUUACAUCACUCAAUCUGACGCUAGACAUAUUGAAGACAAUGGUGUUUACAACAAGAUACUCGUCGAUGUGCCUUGCACGACAGAUAGACAUGUUCUUCAUGAAUUUGACAAUAAUAUAUUUAAGGGAAGUAGAAUCAAAGAAAGGCUGAGGUUGCCUGAGCUACAAUCAGAAAUUUUAGUAAAUGCAUUGAAGCUUGCAAUUCCUGGUGGCACUGUUGUGUAUUCAACGUGCACUUUGAGUCCCAUUCAAAACGACGGUGUUGUUCAAAUGGCUCUUAAAAAGGCUUUUGAAGAACACAAUGUAGUGUAUAAAGUCAUAGAUCAGAUGGAUGCAUUGGUUCCUUUAAAGUAUUUAUACAAUUUCAAUGAUUCGGCACUUAAAUAUGGUCACAUUGUUGUUCCUUCAAAAAGCAGGAAUUGGGGUCCAAUGUACUUUUGCAAAAUGAUCAGAAUACAAUGAAAAAAGUGAGUUCUAAAAUUAAUUUG